AUGGGAGACUUGAUUAGAGCCAACGGGCUUACCGUAGGGGCGCGGGCUCUUAAGAUCAUGGCCCAGAUGAACGAUGAGAGUCUACAGAAGACCACUGGCGACCUACGCAUGAACGUUGCCGGAAAAUCGUCCACAGAGCACGUUGACACCACAUUUGAAAAGAGACAUGGUUUUGGACAUACGAUUCAGUCGAAGAAGCCGGAGUUCUAG